GUUUUUUGUUUGGUGAAUUUUUUUUGUAUUUCUCUUAAGUUACAUGUCUUUAAGUUAAGAUCUUUUGAAUGUGGUUUUAAUAGUUUAGGUUUUAUUUGUAGGUCUUUUAGUGUACAUUUUUUUAUUAUGAUGUUGAUGUUUGUUAUUUUUGAUUUAGAGGUUAUUAUGUUUUUGAGGGAUUUAUAUUAUGCUGUUUUGUUGUUUUUUUUGGUUUGGGUUGUUUAG